UCUCGAAGGACUACCCCAUUGACCCGCUAGAUCUUCUCACCCGCAACUUCAACCACCGAAGAAUAAGGAAACAAGAUGGCUCGGUCGAUCUUAUGGGAAACCAAAGCUUUGACUGUGGCCUUCAUCAUUGCUAAAGAUGGAACUGUCAACAUCGACGCAGUCGAACCAUCGAAAUCUGUUGCGACAACUCGAAAGGAAGAUAUCGCACAUUUACCAAUUCAUCAGCUUCGGUUGGUGGGCGAAGGUAACCACAACGGGUCCAAAACAGCCAAGGCCUUCGUAUCGACGUAUAUGAGCAGGAGGUUGAAGUACAUAUCGCACCACAAGUGGCAAGAAGCAGAGACAAAUUAUCUCGAGAUUGUAACCAAAGACGACGAAUCGAAAAUGGUCGUUACGUCUCUCUUUACCAUCUUCGACCAUGUUCCAGUCUUGCAAGCCAGCGUAACAAUCCGCAAUGAGUCUGAAAACGCUGUCUCAAUCACGUCUCUGCCAUCACUGGUCAUAGGUGGUCUGACCAGAAGCUCAGAGCAGUGGUGGCACGAUUACAAACUCUUGACACCCAACAACAGUUGGUUCCGCGAAGCUCAAUGGAGAGAGCACACGUUGCCUGACGUUGGUGUGGAUCACUGUCUUCCACAACCUUGUCCGGCGUCUUUUGCUACUUUUGGAUGCUCGAAUCUCGGCAGCUUUUCGACUGGAACAUACCUACCCAUGGGAGCGUUGAGCAGUAAGACAAACUCGGAGACAUGGCUGUGGCAGGUCGAGAACAACGGCUCCUGGAAAUGGGAGAUUGGAGAUUGGGGUGAGCAGAUUUACGUCGCCAUCGGUGGUCCAAAUAACAAUGAUCACCACUGGAUGCAGGAACUUCAACCGGGCGAAUUUUUCACCUCGGUACCUGCAGCCAUAUGCCAUGUGUCUGAUGGUCUGGAUGCAGCUUUCCAGGCUAUGACAGCCUAUAGAAGACGGAUCAGAAGGCCUCAUUUGGACAAUGUCGAGCUACCCUUGAUCUUCAACGACUAUAUGAACUGUCUCAUGGGCGAUCCAGACGAGACCAAGAUCAAAGCACUGAUCGACCCUGCUGUGAGAGCUGGUGCAGAAUACUUUGUCAUCGAUGCUGGCUGGUACUCGAACGACAGUAACUGGUGGGAUGACAUCGGCGCAUGGGAGCCUUCGCCCAAGCGCUUUCCGUCCGGUUUCGAUGCUCUGCUACGUGAGCUCAAGUCCGCUGGCUUGACGCCUGGACUUUGGGUGGAACCAGAAUCCAUAGGGGUGAAAUCCGAGGUUGCGAACCGUUUGCCUUCAGAAGCCUUCUUUCAACAGAAGGGGGAACGGGUGGUGGAGAGAGACCGGUUUCAGCUGGACUUCCGCCACGAAGCGGUCAGAAAGCAUCUCGACCAGGUAGUAGAUCGACUUGUGAAUAGUUGUGGCGUCGGCUACUUCAAGUUCGACUACAACAUCGAGAUCAUCCAAGGUACAGAGGUGAAUACAGGCAGUGCUGGUGCAGGACAGCUUGACCACAAUCGAGCAUACCUCGCAUGGGUGACAAAUCUUCUCGACAAGUAUCCAGGGUUAGUCAUUGAGAACUGCUCCAGUGGUGCUCAGCGAAUGGAUUAUGCUAUGCUGGCCGUACAUCCGCUCCAGUCAACCAGCGACCAGGAAGAUCCGGUGAUGUAUGGUGCUAUUUCAGCAGCAGUCUUCACAGCGGUCACUCCAGAGCAGAGCGCCACCUGGGCCUAUCCGCAGAAAGAGUGGACCGACGAGAUCAAUGCUUUCACAGUUGUGAACAGUCUGCUCGGGAGGAUACAUUUAAGCGGGCGACUGGACAAGCUCUCUAAGAGCCAGUUUGCACUCAUCGCGGAUGGUAUGAAGGUGUACAAGAGCAUGCGCCAAGAGUUAAAGACUGGCCUGCCUUUCUGGUCAUUGGGGCUACCAAGAUGGCACGAUAACUGGCUAUCGACAGGGUUGAUAUGUGGAAAGAAGACCUUCCUGUCAGUGUGGAGAAGAGGUGGCGAGACGACGUGCAAACUGCCUAUCCGUCAUCUUUCGGGACAAGAAAACGUCAAAGCCACGCUGCUAUACCCAAGAACGUUCAGCGCAGAGACGCAUUGGGAUGGAUCUGCGGGCGCAUUGAUGGUGACAUUGCCAGAGGUGGUAUGUGCACGCCUUUUCGAGCUCGAGUCGACAUGAGCGCUUAUUGGCAGGUCGCGUAUUGAAUAAAUCAUUCACUUCUAUCUGACAGAUGAUGGUUUGGCGGAUGAUGUCGUGAU